GGAGGCGCAUGCUGUGCGGGUGGUUGUGCGUGAGCCGGAGAGCAAGGUGGCGGGUCGACGCGAGCCUGAUGUUGUUGUUGGGGAUGAUGACGGCAACGGGGACAGCGUGAGUGUGGAGGAGACGUUCACAGCAAGCCUCAGUAACAGCAACAGCAACAGCGGCAGCAAUGCUGGACGCCGGGCUGAGGGAGAUGCGUGGGUUGUUGAUGAGGGGCGAGCGUCGUUUGUGCCUGGGACGCAUGUUGAGGUGGAGGUUGGGGUUGGGCGGGGUGCUGGAGAGAGCGUGGUGCAGCAUGUGCGGCGCGUGGUGUAUCCGAGCAGCGCUGAGGUGACGAUGAUCUUGUACGAUGAUGGGAUUGGCGGGACGCGGGAGGAGACGGAGACGCUGAUCCGGGCUGCGUUUGACGAUGUUGCGCGGCCGUGCGGGCGGGUGUAUGUGCUUGACAUUGACUUUGUUGGCAAUGUGGUUGAGCUGGUGUGCGUUGACGGGAGCGGGGCCCUUGUGCGCCUCAGCAAGGACGAUGUCCCCGCGGGGCAAACGAAGCUCUUCACCGUGCAAUCCUCGACCUCGAAGCAGGCUGCGUCCAACCUCCCCAUCGCCAUUGGCAUGAUCAUCGGGGGGCUCAUCAUUGGCAUCCUCGUUGCCGUAGCGAUCGUCCGUACGUAUGGCAAAGCAGCGAUGGACGAAAAGCACCGUGAUCGGGUCAUGACUCGCAUCGACAAUAUGCAACGCAAGACUUCGAGCAUCCAAGUUGGAUACACCAUCCCCAACCCGAUUGCCCCUCAGCAAGCAGCGCCCAUGUACGACAACCCCACGUGCCCCGUACCGCCAUCUCCCUACACGCCGGUGUCACCAACAACAACCGUGGGCAAUUUCUCGACGUAUGCACAUGUCGAUGAGGGUCCACAGCAGCAACAACAGCCACAGUCCCCUGUGCAGAAUCCUGGUUUCGUGUACCAGAACGUGAGCGCGGCUGCGCUUCACGACGAUUCACGCAGCACGACGCACGCGCCCCAGUACGUCCCCGUGAAUGCGCAGCAACCAGGCUCGCCCAUGUACGCGAGUGUCAGCGGAGAUGAUAACAAGAAUGUUCGACGUCCCACAAUUCAGGAUCCGUCUGGCCUGCGGUGCAACGUGGGUGUGAUGGAACGCGCCCAAGCAGAGACGAUCCUGAAUUCCCAACCUGAUGGGACGUACUUGGUCAGGACCAAGGCCAAUGACCCUCCCAAUCACUUUGUCAUCUCCAUGAAAGUGGGCCAGCGAUUCGUCCAUCACAAAGUGGAGACGUUGAGUGAUGGCUUCAUGAUCAACGGCAAGCGCGGACAGGGCAACCACAACUCCAUGUACUCCAUCCUCAGGCAUCUCGAGUCAACCGCGGACAACAUUCAAGUGCGGCUCGGCAAAGCAUACACGACAUGAUCGCCCUGCUCGUUGGCAGUUGCAAGAAGGAUGCCAUAAUGGCGCUUCAGUUGAGCAAUUGACACUGGCCUGCUGGAUUGAAUUCUCGAGUUCUGUGUCCUCGCUUCUUCUCUUCUUUUCUUUCACGAUUUGUUGCCAUGCGUUGUGGUGCUUCUGACGAUAUUGUGGUGUGGUGGGAUGAUGGGUGAGGGCCGUGAACGAGUGCAGUGUCAGGUGUCAAAUGUUGCGUUGGAAGGAGGAGGAGCGGGAAGCGUCACUUACAUAUUUGUAUUGCAGUGUCACGAAGCCAUUGAGCUGUGGCCUGUACCAACAGGAUGUGGGAGAAGCGAGGUCAACGUUUGGUUAUGUGUUUGUGAUUCCAUGCGCUAAUAAUACAACGAGUGUUAUCGCUCA